AAUAUAAAGGACGGAUUUUUGUUCCGUUUCUACUAUCAAACAAAAGUUUCACAAACAGCUUUGAUCGUUUCUAUAAACAGCGCUACCAAAUUUUGAUUCGUGACUUCUGGUUGGUGGAUAGAUUCUGCAUCGAUAACUAAGUCAUUUGGAUCGUGUGGAACCGUGUGGCUGGUGCUUUCCCAACUGCUUUGUUGUUUGAUUUCCAGGAAAAUACGAGUUUGUGCUUUACUUAUUUCAUCAAUUGAACGGAUUAGCAGCCUUAAGUGAAUAAACCUGAGAGAACAUAAUGCCUGCAUAUAGGAUGGACUCACCCCCCUAUCAGCGAAACCAUAUGGCAUUCCCUCGUUAUUAUCAACCUGUUAUGGAGGGAAUUACCCCUCAAAUGAACAUGGAUCCGCCCAAAUCCGCCUCAACUUAUGAAAAAGCUUGGCCUUGUAUUGGUGGCCAUAGUUACCCUACUCCGAUGCAAUUUUGUUGUGGUGGCCACCAUAGAUUCCCAGGUUACUGGCCCUACGCACCAGCCUAUCCUCAUGUCCCAACUUCGUUGCCAGUGUCCUUUUCUGGAGGCUAUCCUGCAUGCCCAGAACCUUUCUAUGUUCCUUAUGCCCCUCCACCACACUAUACUAUGGAUGUGCCUAGAUAUGAAUAUGAUAAAUGCAUGCCCAGAGAGUAUCAUUGUUGCGGGUGUCCUAACCAUCCUUUGAGCCACAUUGAAGGAAAUGGCGUGAAGAUUGAAGAGCAUGAACCUGAUGCUGAAAAGAAAGUGAAUAAUGUCGUGUAUCCAUUUCAGUUGAAGAAUCAUCCAUGUCCGUUUGUAUGGAUGCCACCCCAGUACAUGGACAAUAGAGAGCUUGUAAAGCCUGAGGCAACAGAAGUGGGUGAUCAGCUUGAUAAAAAGCCUUCUGAGGAUGCUAGGGAUGAUGGACAGGAGCCUAAAUCGUGGAACGGAUGGUUCCCAUUUGACAUUAAUAGUCUUGCAACCACAAUCCAGGAUGGCAAUGGGAGGAAAAACAGGAACUGGCAGAUUGAUAAUAGCAUGACACCGGCUGAGGGUGGAAAAACAAAUCGAAAUCAGCAAAGUGAAAAAAAUAGAAGAGAAAUCCCAUUUCCUGUCAUUUGGAUUCCUAACUACAAUGUGCAGGAAGGUGAAGGGACGAAAGAUCAACAGACCACUUCACCAAAUUCUGUUAAAAAUUUGCCUUGUGUGCUCAAUUCUGCUCCAAUAUUUUCUUGUCCUAAUGGUGAUGCUUCAGACAGAAACAAUGUGAAUGGAAGUGAUUUGAAGGUGGGGGAUCGUGAAGAGAAUAUCCCUAUCAAGCAAAUGGAACUGCAAAGAAGUGAACCUGAGAGCCAUGAAAAGAGAGUAAGAGAUAUUCCUGUAAAGCAAGUAGAAGGAGAUGUGACUGGGAAGGAGACUGAAAGCAGUGUGAAAAGACAAUCCGGUUCUCCAAAGAAAACAUCGAAACUGCCUCCGGUUUGUCUGAGAGUUGACCCACUCCCAAUGAAAAAAAAUAGUAAUGGAACUUCAAGAUCCCCAAGUCCCUCAAAGAAAGGUUCUGUAACAUCUACAAAUGGAACAUCCAAGUCAUCUACUUCAUCUAGCAUGUAUGACAAGGCUUUGGCCAAUGUAGAGUGUCAACGGGCGUCAAACGUAACUGCAGAACCUAAGCCAAAAGAGCGAACUAUUGAGGUGGUGGAGAUGUCUCGUGAAAAGAAAGAUGACGAGCAGAGGGAUAGAUCUGAGAGCCAUGGUUUGAUCCAGGCAGAUGCGAAACUCCAUAAAGAUUCAAACACCACUGAGGACGGGAAGCCAAUCAAGGAAAGCACUAAAGUAUUGGAGAAAUCAAGUGAAAAGAAACUUGAGGAUCGUAUCGGUGGUACUCAGAGUCAAGUAACAUCCAACACUAAUACUGAAGUCCAUAAAAACAGUUCUGCAUUAACGAGCAUGGGAGAUAGCUGGACAAAUGGCGAGAAGGUUAAUGAAAAUGAAACAGAAAGAAAGGCAGAUGAUAUGAUUAAAGAGGAAGCAAUUGAAGUAAUGGAUGUAAAAGAGAGAAAGGUUGUGUCAGAUGCAGAAGCUGCUGUUUUGAUACAAGCUGCUUAUCGUGGUUUCCAAAUGAGGAAAUGGGAACCAUUGAAAAAAUUAAAGCAGAUAGCAGAAAUCAGUAAGCAUUUGGCUGAUGUUAGGGGCAGUAUCCAAGCUUUAGAGGCAUCUUCCAACAAACAAAUCGAUGAGAGGGAAAAAGUCACGAUUGGAGAGACCAUAAUGAGACUCUUGUUAAAGUUGGAUACUAUACAGGGCCUACAUCCAAGUUUUAGGGAGAUGAGAAAAUCCCUUGCAAGAGAGCUCACUUCCUUACAAGAGAAGCUGGAUUCUGUUGUUGUCAAAAAAUCUCAGCUGUGCAUAGAGGACCCAUCUAUCGGGAAGCUCAUGACUCCCCCAGUUGGCUCAAAUGGAGAAUGCAUGCAAGAGCAACAAGAGAAAGUUCCAAUGUCAGGAAAGUAUUCUUCUGACAGCAUUAUUCAAGAAAGCCAUGGUUCGAUGGAGCAACAAGCAGGAGUAAUUGCAGCAUCUGGGAAUUCUUCCGGCAGCAUUGUUCAUGUAUGUCAUGAUAUGCUAGAGCGGGGUCAAGAUCAGCUCUCAUUUAAGAAUGAUAAUCCUAGCCAUGAUAAUGAGAAGUUACAAUCUGUCGUUCACGGUUUACCUUUUGAGGAUGGCAAGUCUAGAUUCAGCUCACCAAUUGAGCAAGCAUUCAAUGAGAAACCGGAGUUAUUGCCACAAGAAACGGUUGAUGAGGCUUUCAACAAAUUAAGUAAAGAUGAGGCAUCUGGUUGCGAUAUUUCUGAGGUGCAACCCAAAAUCAAAUCUGAGUUGGAAGGCAUUCCCGAUGAGGUUAAUGAGGUGGACAUGAAAGCUUGGGAAGAAUUGCCUCGAGGAGUAAUUGAUGAUUUAGAGGUUGAUAAUAUUAAUUUUAGGAAGGACAAGGAAAAUGAAAUUGAAGGGGAAGAAGAGCCACAAAUUUCGCAAGUUAUUAAUGUUUUAGGAGACAAUUUUGCACAAAAUGAAGAAUCUUCGAAGAUGCAUGAAAUGGAGGAGCUGCCAGUUGGCUUAUUUGGUGGUGGUGGUGGUGAUGAUAUGACCAAUUCUGACAAGCAUGAAGAAAGCAGAACUUUCACACAAGUCCUCCAAAGUGGAGAAAAGGAAUGUAAUCCAGCUCUAAUAACCCAUUCUUCUUUAGUAGAUGAUAUGUCUAAAGAAGCUCAAGUCAUUCAGCUGCAUCAGAAACUAGAAGAUCAAAAAGAGAAUCAAUCUAAUGGAGAAUCAGAUGACUGGGUAAAAGUUGAGUAUGAGCAGGAGGGACUCAAAGGGGAUGUGCCAGAGAAUGCGAAGGUUGAAAGUGGGUCAAGCGUGGAAAAUGAUGAGCAAUAUGUGACAGCAGCAUUCCCAGAAAAUGAUGGGCACGGAGUAGCCAAGGAAGAUGCAUGCUUGGAAGUAAAUGAAGUAAGUGUUAGGGAAACACCAGAGGAAAAGGUUGCGGUCAAGGAGGCUCAACCUGAGCAGGAAAUUAAGGUUGAUGCUGAGAACAAAGAAGGUUUGUCAGAGGAAACGUGUGAACAGCGUGUGGCAUCACCUCUUUUAAGAGAUGUGCACCCUCCCAAGCAAGAUGGAGAAAUGGAUACUGAUAAGAACUUAUUGGAGGAGAAUGAGAAGUUAAGGAAGAUGAUGCAAAAGUUGCUUGAAGCUGGGAACGAACAAUUAACUAUAAUAUCUAAUUUGACAGAAAGGGUGAAAGAUUUGGAGAAGAAAUUGGCCAAGAAGAAGAGAGUGAAGACAAUGCAUCGCAGGCCCGCAACUUCCAAGCCAUCUUUCAAGAAAUCACCAAAUAAUCAGAUACAAGAGAGGAUUACUAGGGUCACAGUGUAAUCUUAAAGGUAAAUCUUCCCUGUAGAUGAACAUAACAUAUAAGAGGGGGUGUGAGUUUCGUUGUGCUGAUAAAUAUGUAAUGUUCUUUUGUGCAUAAAAUGUGAAGUCUUUGUUCUUGCAUUUCAAUUUAUGUUUCAGUUUCGAUAGAU